CCUGAGUGGGCGUUCCCCUUACAACACAACAUAACAGUGCGGCUGAGCGGAAUCAUUGCUUGUUAGCUACUGUAUUUGCAGCUUUGCAUCGACUGUGAGAUGCUGCAACUGAACGACAGCGUAGAUCCUGAGAGCCCGGGUGCGGCUGUUUUACACCCGGCUGACUGUGAUGAUGCAGUGGCCCUGGAUGGAGCUUCAGUGGCCUGCUGCACCCCGCUACAAAAACUCACGCCUUUCCAUGUCCACAACCCAACAAUGCGAGCUAAAGUCAAAGAUUAUUUCGUCUUUAGGACAGGUACCAUAGAGCAGGCGGUUAAUGACAUCCGCACAGUUGCUUUGCCUUCACAAGAUGGAGAAGUUCUUAGUGUGUGGCUCUUGGCGGAAAUUGAUCACUGGAACAAUGAAAAAGAGAGACUGGUACUUAUAACUGAGCGGUCUUUGUUGGUGUGCAAAUAUGACUUUAUAAACCUCCAGUGUCAGCAAGUGAUUAGAAUUUCUCUAAACGCUGUGGACACAAUCUCUGUUGGCGAGUUUGAGUUUCCCCCAAAAUCCUUUAACAAGAGAGAGGGAACUGGUAUCCGUGUGCAGUGGGAUAAGCGACCAAGAGCUUCGUUUAUAAAUCGCUGGAACCCGUGGUCUAGUGACAUACCCUAUGCUACCUUCACUGAACAUCCUAUGGCACAUGCAGAUGAAAAGGUGUCUUCCAUCUGCCAGCUUGAAAACUUCAAGACCCAGCUCGUGCAAGCAGUGAAAAAGGCCCAUAAAGAGUUCCCGAUCCCUGGACGAGCUAAUGGUGUGCUGAUACUGGAGCGCCCACUUCUCAUUGAAACUUACCUGGGCAUUAUGUCUUUAAUCAACAAUGAAGCCAAAUUGGGCUACUCCAUGACAAGAGGAAAAAUUGGGUUUUAGCUACUGUCAGUAUUGUGACAGUAUGUGAGCUGUUUUGCUUGUUGGAUGCUUGUGGUUUGUGAAAUAUGUUCACUGAAUGUGCCUGGAUGCACCCAAUGCCAAUCUUUGUGCCAUCCAUCCAUUCACCCCAUAAAAAAGCCAUUGUAAUGGCUAAAUGGUUUGAUGGUACAUUUUGUGUGUGUGGCCUUGGCUAAUGUUAAGAUGAUUAAUGUUAAGUCUAAAUGCACUGAUCCUCUUUCUGCAUGCUUUAACAACAGUUUUUAACAAUUGACCAAAAACUGUCACAGUCCUUGACAACGGUGAUGAUUUGGGCAGUGACAUUUUUAUCACUACUUCUGUGCCCCUAGGUCAGGUUAACCAUUUGCUUACCUUUAAUCACUCCAUAAUCUUAAGCAAGGUGCUUGGAUAGGGAAUGAGACAGAAUGCUUGUACAGGAUUUUAAGGUUAUUGAUUUUUGAACAGAUUGGCUUUUCACUAGAAACAAAUAGUUUGUAAUAGUCAAAGCGUAUCACAAGAGAAAAGAAAUCUAUUUGCAUGCCUUCUCAACUUUACAAAACAUUCUUCAGCCUCUUACAUUAUGGUAUUCUUCGACUAUAGCUGCACAAAAAAGUUUCUGUUUAUGUUCUGUUAUUGUCUUUGUGGUAAUUACUAAAUAGUUGCUAAAAAUGGACUCAGAAUACUGUUUAACUUUGAGGCAUAAACUUUGAGACUUUAUUUGUGCCCAGAUUGCCAUCUGGUCAUUGUCAAAUGAGAUCUCAAAUAUUUUAGGAUUUAGAUUAAUAUAUACACUAAAAAUGCUGGAUUUUUCCAACCCAGUGAUGGGUUCGUCCCCUUUUGACCCAAUAACCCAGCAUUUUUUGUGGAUAUCCGUAAGACCUUACAUUCACAAUAUCAGCUGUUCUGUCUUGUAUAUCACAAACUAUUGUAUAUUGUACUACAUGUGCAUUUCUGUGUUAUGGUAUGCUUGCUUUAUUUGAUAAAUUAAGCCAUAAAGUAAUUGUUAAUUUAAUACAUUUGUGAUGAUACUGUUAAUUCCUCAGGUCAAGUUGGUCUUGCUUUAACUUGUUUGCUUGUGGAUGCAAGAUAAAGUGUAAGAGUCUAUAAAGACUUUCCACUGUUGAUUGAUUACGGGUUGUGAGACUGAAACAUUAUCUUCACGCCCUUUUGCUUAUUCUGGCAAUGGAAGUAGUCUUAUUUAAUGGUUUUGACAUUUGUUUAAUCAGAGGCAUUGUUGCGUAGUGUAAGCUUUUGUCAUUUUAAAGUUGUGUAUGCAUGUUAGGUGUCAAAUUGUUAAGUCAUAGCUUUAAAUCACCAAAAUAACCCAAGCACUUUUGCAGUUCACAACCGUGUUGUUUAUCCUGCGCAAAAUUUCAGUAUUUUGAAAUUCAUUUUAUUGUAAUAAAAAGACUUUCUAAUACCCAAAGCAGCCGUUGUGGU